AUGGGAAAUGUAUGUGUAGGAUCAUCAUGUUACUCAAAAGAUGGAUUCUUUCAAUCAAUGUCACAUCCAUACUGGUGGUCUCGAUCACCCGAUUUGAUAUAUUACAAGAAUGGUGAAUUUAGCGAACAACCUCCAUCGAUAGACAAAGAUCCUAAAGCUCCUGCACCAAUUCAAAAGACACCUCCACGAUUGGUGAUCAUCGCCAAAAAUGAGACUAAACCAUCUCAGCCCAUGGCUUCUAAUCAAGAACCAAAUGAAGGUGCGAAAAGACAAUCCGAAAAGGUUGUGACAGUGAAGCAACAGACCAAAUCAUCACAGCCAAAAGUGACAUCUAAUGUUAAAAAGCCCAAUAACAUGAAGAGAAUUAAAAGUGCAGGGCUACAAGUUGAUAAAGUGUUGAAAACCAAAACUGGGCAUUUGAAAGAGUUCUAUAAUUUGGGUCAGAAAUUAGGACAUGGUCAAUUUGGUACAACUUUUCUUUGUAUAGAGAAGACUACAGGCAAAGAGUUUGCCUGCAAAUCAAUAGCUAAGCGGAAGUUGCUAACCGAUGAAGAUCUGGAGGAUGUCAGAAGGGAAAUUGAAAUUAUGCAUCAUUUAUCUGGACACCCGAAUGUGGUUUCGAUUCAAGGGGCUUAUGAAGACUCUGUGGCAGUUCAUUUGGUGAUGGAACUUUGUGCUGGUGGUGAACUGUUCGAUAGGAUUACAAAAAAAGGGCAUUAUUCUGAAAGAAAGGCAGCUGAUCUUGCUAGAACUAUUGUUGGUGUGAUUGAGGCUUGUCAUUCUUUAGGAGUGAUGCAUCGUGAUCUUAAACCUGAGAACUUUCUUUUUGUUGAUGAACAUGAAGAUUCGCCUCUUAAGACCAUAGAUUUUGGGCUCUCAGUUUUCUUUAAGCCAGGGGAAACUUUUAUCGAUGUGGUUGGAAGUCCUUACUAUGUUGCACCUGAAGUUUUGCUAAAACAUUAUGGUCCAGAAGCAGAUAUCUGGAGUGCUGGUGUGAUCCUUUACAUUCUUCUUUGUGGGGUGCCUCCAUUUUGGGGAGAAUCCGAGAAUGACAUAUUUGAAGAGGUUUUGCGGGGUAAACUUGACUUCUCCUCGGAUCCAUGGCCUAGUAUCUCUGAAAGUGCUAAAGAUUUGGUUCGGAAAAUGCUCGUUAGAGACCCCAAAAGGCGGAUAACGGCUCAUGGAGUUCUUUGCCACCCGUGGAUCAGCGAAGAUGGUGUUGCUCCAGACAAGCCUCUCGAUUCUGCCGUCUUGAGUCGCUUAACUCAGUUUCUUGCCAUGAACAAGCUCAAGAAAAUGGCUCUUAGGCUCAUCGCAUCAAAACUCUCAGAGGAAGAAAUUGCCGGCUUAAAACAAAUGUUCAAGAUAAUAGAUACAGACAAUAGUGGUUAUAUUACUUUCGAAGAACUUAAGGCUGGAGUCAAGUGUUUCGGUUCUAAUCUCAAAGAAUCUGAGAUUUAUGAUCUAAUGCGAUCUGCGGAUAUCGAUAAUAAUGGCACAAUCGACUAUGAAGAAUUUGUAGCUGCAACGCUAGAUAUGAACAAAGUCAAUAGAGAAGAUCAUCUGUUUGCUGCUUUUUCCCAUUUCGACAAAGAUGACAGUGGUUAUAUCACCCUUGAUGAACUCCAACAAGCAUGCAAAGAGUUUGGAGUAGAUGAUGUUCAUUUAGAAGAAAUUAUCAAAGAAGCAGACCAAAAUAACGAUGGACGUAUAGACUAUAACGAGUUCGUUGCAAUGAUGCACGGUGGAAGUGGCGCUAAGAAGCAACCAAAGAAUGAUUUCAGCAUCGGGUUUCGGGAGCGGGUUCCGGUGCCGGUUUGUUGAUAUGAAAUUUUUUGUUGUUUGUUUUGUAUUCCAAGUGUCACACAACAAUUUGAAUGAUGCAUUUUGAAUUGUAGAAUGCACCAUGACUUUGCACACACAUAAAAUGAAA